UGUUGGUUCCAUCUAUUUCUUCCUCUGGUUACCCCAAACCUCAGUUUUAACCAUCAUGGCCAAACCCUUCAUUUCCCUUGAUAGAAUGUCUGGACUCGACAACGGAAUCCUGGAUGGCAGCCCACUCACCAGCCCAAUCGCAUCCAUCUCUGGCACUGAACCGCUCGAUGUUGCUGCCAGGCGUGCUGCUGCGAUCAAAGGACCUAACGGAGUCCGCUCGCCAGUCAUGUCCCGUUCACCCUCCAUCUCGGGCCACCAAAGAGGCAUUCAUUCUCUACCUCCAGCCACCCCCUCCGUGCCCGCGCUUAACGGGUUAUAUACUGCAGCAGUCGGCGAAAGUGAGGAUGGUAAUCCUUCUGCCCGCGAAGGAUUGUCCAAGAAAAUCAUGGUUCUCGAGCUCGCAGACGGUACUAUCUAUCAAGGUUAUGGCUUCGGCUUGCCAGGCAAAAGCGUCACCGGAGAAUGCGUCUUCCAAACAGGAAUGGUCGGCUAUCCCGAGUCCCUAACCGACCCUUCUUACAAAGGCCAAAUCCUGGUUCUCACCUAUCCGAUGAUCGGCUCAUAUGGCGUACCCAAAAGAGAAGACAUACUUCUACCAACCCAAUUCGAGUCCUCUCAAAUCCACGUCGCCGCAUUAGUCGUCGGAUCCUACAGUGGUGACGGCGAGGAUUCCAGUCAUCAUCUUGCCGAAAGCCCACUAGGCCAAUGGCUUCAAGAACAAGGAAUCCCCGCUAUCUGUGGAGUCGAUACACGUGCAUUGACGAAGAAGAUCAGGGAGCGGGGUGUCAUGCUGGCCAAAUUGCUCUCAAAAUCCACCUCUCCACCUACAUCCUCAAGUAACUCAUCAGUCCAGAAGGCUCCUCUUUCGAGACUCAGUGGAUUCGGUCCACCUCGUGAAUCAUGGCGCGCGGAUUACAUCGAUAUCCCACUUCACGAUUUCAACAUGGAGAAUUUAGUUCAACUUGUCUCGCGGACCGAGCCGACCUUGUAUCAGCCUCAGCACCUACCCGCCCAUGCACAACCGGCUCAAGUCUUACAACAUCCCACGAAAUCCAGACCUUUGCGAAUUUUGGCCUUGGACGUCGGAAUGAAAUACAACCAAAUCCGUUGCUUCUUACGCCGUGGGGUCGAAGUGAUGGUCGUUCCCUGGGAUCACGACUUCCUAAAUCCGGCCGUGGAAGAACCAGGAUCGUUCGAUGGACUUUUUAUCUCCAACGGCCCAGGUGAUCCCAAGCUAGCCGAAGCGCCCAUUCUGAGAAUCCGUCAAGCAGUCGAAAUGAAGUCCUUCCCUAUCUUCGGAAUCUGUCUGGGACAUCAGUUGCUUGCAUUGGCAGUUGGUGCCAAAACGAUGAAACUGAAGUACGGAAACCGGGGGCAAAAUAUUCCUUGCACUGACCUUCAAUCAGGCAGAUGUUACAUCACUUCGCAAAAUCACGGAUAUGCCGUCGACACCGCAUCGCUUCCUGAAGAUUGGAAAGAGCUUUUUGUCAACGCCAACGAUCAGAGCAACGAAGGUAUCUACUCCACCCACUACCCUUACUUUAGUGUCCAGUUUCAUCCCGAAAGCGCGCCUGGUCCACAAGAUACCGAAUUCCUCUUCGACGUCUUUGUCAAGAGUGUAACUUCCUUCGCCAAAGACGGCACCUUCCUUCCUGUCACCAUGCCUGGAGGCAGUGCUCACGAAAACAGCCUGAAGAACCCAAAGGUCCACGUGAAGAAAGUCCUGGUUCUUGGCAGUGGUGGUUUAUCGAUCGGCCAGGCUGGAGAAUUCGAUUAUUCUGGUAGCCAGGCCAUCAAAGCUCUGCAAGAGGAAGGCGUUUAUACGAUUCUGAUCAACCCGAACAUUGCCACCAUUCAAACUAGCAAAGGAUUGGCCGAUAAGGUCUAUUUCCUGCCAGUCACCCCUGAGUUUGUGCGAAAAGUGAUCCGACAUGAGCGUCCGGACGGAAUCUACUGUACUUUUGGAGGCCAAACUGCCCUCUCUGUCGGGAUCGCCUUGGCUGACGAAUUCGAAGGUUUGGGAGUGAAGGUACUGGGAACUCCGAUCUCUACUGUCGUGACCACCGAAGACCGAGAGUUGUUUGCUAGCGCGAUGGCCGAGAUUGGUGAGAAGUGUGCCACGAGCGCUUCUGCGACUUCUAUCGAUGAGAGUCUCAAGGCAGCGAAUCAGAUCGGCUAUCCUGUCAUCGUCCGUGCUGCUUAUGCGCUUGGGGGUUUGGGAAGUGGCUUUGCCAAUAAUGAUGACGAGCUUCGAGAACUGUGCGACAAGGCUUUUGCUAUCAGCACCCAGGUGCUCAUUGAAAGAAGUAUGAAAGGCUGGAAGGAGAUCGAGUAUGAGGUCGUAAGGGAUUGUAGGAACAACUGCAUCACCGUUUGUAACAUGGAGGUGAUUCGAUCGUCGUUUGCCCCCUCUCAAACGCUUUCGGAUGCCGACUAUCAAAUGCUUCGAACUACGGCCAUCAAUGUCAUUCGUCACCUUGGUGUAGUUGGUGAAUGUAACAUCCAGUAUGCCCUCAAUCCCCGCUCAAAGGAAUACGCCAUCAUUGAAGUCAAUGCUCGUCUCUCGCGGUCUUCGGCUCUGGCCUCCAAGGCCACCGGGUAUCCCCUGGCCUUCAUCGCAGCGAAGUUGGGACUAGGAAUACCGCUGAACGAAAUUCGCAAUUCGGUCACCAAAGUGACGUCUGCUUGCUUCGAACCUAGCUUGGAUUAUUGUGUGGUCAAGAUGCCGAGAUGGGACUUGAAGAAGUUCCAGAGAGUGUCCAGCAAACUUGGUAGCUCAAUGAAGUCAGUCGGAGAAGUGAUGGCCAUCGGCCGUAACUUUGAGGAAGCGAUCCAAAAAGCCAUCCGUUCCGUCGAUCCGUCAUUCACUGGUUUCGAUAAAAAUUCGAUCGUCAGCCAAGAUGAACUCAAGCAAGAAUUAACCCAGCCGACCGACCGCAGAAUAUUCGCGAUCGCUAAUGCCUUCAAUGCGGGGUGGACGCUUGACGAAGUGUGGGAAAUGACCCGCAUCGACAAAUGGUUCCUCUCUAAGCUCAAACACUUGGUCACGAUGGAGAACAUUGUUAGGAAAUAUCAUGCUUCCAACUUCCCUGUCAAUUUGCUUCGUUACACCAAGCAACUCGGUUUCUCCGACAAUCAACUCUCCCGAUUCUUGAAUUCGAACGAGUUGGCCAUCCGUCGACUGCGUCUAGAAUUCGGUAUCAUGCCAUUUGUCAAGCAAAUCGAUACCGUGGCCGCAGAAUUCCCAGCAUUCACCAACUACUUGUUCACCUCGUAUAAUGCUACAGAACACGAUGUCACUUUUGAUGAUCGGGGGAUUAUCGUUUUAGGAUCUGGUGUUUACCGCAUUGGGUCGUCUGUGGAAUUUGAUUGGUGUGCAGUGCGAGCCAUUCGCACCCUGCGUGGUCGUGGGUUACGUACUGUGAUGGUCAAUUAUAAUCCAGAAACCGUCUCGACCGAUUUCGAUGAGGCAGAUCGACUAUAUUUCGAAAAUAUCAGUCUCGAGACCGUUCUAGACAUCUACGACCUUGAAAAGUCCAGCGGAGUCAUCAUUUCGAUGGGCGGGCAAACGCCCAACAACAUCGCAUUGCCCCUGCACCGACAGAAUGUGAAGAUUCUCGGAACUUCUCCAGAAAUGAUUGAUAACGCCGAGAACCGAUACAAAUUCUCUCGAAUGCUUGACAAGAUAGGUGUUGAUCAACCAAGAUGGAAAGAACUGACGACAAUCGAAGAAGCCCAUCUUUUCUGUGAAACUGUCGGCUACCCAGUGCUGGUGAGACCAUCCUACGUCUUAUCCGGCGCUGCGAUGAAUGUAGCAUAUUCUGCAGACGAUCUGUCUGCCUAUCUCGCCCAAGCCGCUCAAGUCUCGCGUGAAUAUCCAGUCGUGGUCACCAAGUACAUCGAAGGCGCAAAGGAAAUUGAGAUGGAUGCUGUCGCUCGUCACGGUAAAUUGGUGAUGCAUUACAUCUGUGAGCACGUAGAAAACGCCGGGGUCCAUUCGGGCGAUGCUACCUUGAUUCUACCGCCUCAGGAUCUUGAUCCCGAGACUGUGCGAAGGAUUGAAAUCGCCACCGAGAAAAUCGGUAAUGCACUCAACAUCACGGGCCCUUUCAACAUUCAGUUUAUUGCCAAAAACAAUGACAUCAAGGUUAUCGAGUGCAAUGUUCGGGCCUCUCGAUCAUUCCCGUUCGUCUCAAAAGUGACCGGGAUUGACGCCGUGGCCAUGGCAACCGACGCAAUGAUGGGUUUCCCCGUCCAGCCAUACCCGACAUCCACCAUGCCCAAAGACUAUGUGGGAGUUAAGGCUCCUCAAUUCAGUUUUUCUCGAUUGGCCGGUGCUGAUCCCGUCUUGGGGGUUGAGAUGUCUUCGACGGGCGAGGUUGCUUGCUUUGGCAAGGACAAAUACGAAGCUUAUCUCAAAGCUAUCUUGGCUACGAACGUCCGACUUCCCAAGAAGAGUGUCCUCUUUUCUAUCGGUGCCUAUGCUGACAAGCUAGAAAUGUUACCUUCUGUUGAACGUUUACAUCGACUUGGGUACACCAUCUACGGUACCGCCGGGACCAACGACUUCAUAACUGAACACGGCAUUCCGUGUAAAUUUCUGGAAGCUUUCUCGUCCCAAGAAGAAGCCAAAGGACAGAAGGCCGAAUAUUCUCUGAUUGAUCACCUCAAGCAAGGCAAGGUCGACCUCUUCAUCAAUCUCCCCUCCCGAAACAGGUUCAGACGCCCCCAGCAACACAUAUCUCUGGGCUACAGAGCCCGACGAACCGCCAUCGACCAUGCCAUCCCCCUCAUAACCAAUGUGAAAAACGCGAAAAUCUUGAUCGAGGGUCUCGCAAGAUACCCUACUCUUUCGAUCAGCUCGAUCGACGCUAAAUCGUCACAUCGAACCAUCAGGCUUCCGGGUCUCGUUGACUCAGCUUGCUUUGUCAAUUCUCUGAUCUCACCAAACUCCGAUUCAUUGGAGCAAAUCACCGCAACUGCUGUCAAAUCGGGUUUCCUGACUCUUUUGGUUUCCGGUAUUGGCGGCGAUGGACGCAUCGAUGACAGCAAGACCUUAGCGCUGGUCAAAUCGUCUAUCUCCACUCGAGCUCAUUGUAACUAUAGCUUUGUUGUUGCCGCCACCGCCCAUAAUGUCAACUCUCUUGAAGGACCGGAUAUCAGUCUGACCAGUGCUCUGAUGCUCCCGUUUGAGCGUGAAUGGAACGGCGCCAAUCAAGCCGUUGCUAUUGCCGCCCACUUCAACCACUGGCCACUCGAUAAGCCAAUCUUGACCGACGCGAAGACUACCAACCUCGCCUCGAUUCUACUAUUUGCCAGUCUACAUAAUCGCAGCGUUCAUGUCCUAGACGUUUGCACGGCUGCAGACAUCGAGUUGAUAUUGUUGAGCAAGCAGAAGGGAUUGAAAGUCACGGCUGACGUGACAAUCUACUCCUUGUUUUUGAAUCAGUCAAUGUAUCCUCAGGCCCAGUGCUUACCUACCGUCGAGGAUCAGGAGGUGAUGUGGGAACAUUUGGAACACAUCGAUACGCUCUCUGUCGGUCGAUUGCCCUUCGAAUUAGCCGAAGAGCUAGGAAAACCAUACGCACCCGGAGAUGGCUACGAAGAAUGUAUUCAACUGCUCCUUUCCGCCAUCAGCCAGGGUAAGCUAACUCUGGAAGACAUAACCCUUCGAUGUUCUGAAAACCCUGCUCGAAUCUUCAAUAUACCACCUCCCAUGGGUACCUAUGUUGAAGUGGAGGUUGACCGCAGCCAUAAGUUCACCAGUAGUAGUUGGUCGCCAUUACAAGACCAAAUGUUCAAUGGUCACGUCCAUCGCGUCGUCUUCCACGAAGAAACCGUUUGUCUAGAUGGUUUCUCUCACUCCAAAUCAGGGACGGGCAAGCAUCUCAACCAGGCUCCCAUAUCAAUUUCGCGCACCGCCAGUGAACUGCAAACCCCCUACGGUCACGCCGGUGCUAACAAGACCAAGCCGACAUUCCCCAUUUCCAACCUAAUUGACUCGCCUCAAGGCGCGGUCAACCGAUCAACACUUCGCUCGACCAGCGGAAUGAUCAAUGGUUCGCCGAAUGUUCGUGCCGAUGAAGCUGGUCAGCCGUUUGAGCCAGGAACACUCCCCAUCAUUCGUUCUGGGUCACAUACCAGAUCUUUACAGUCCGGUCUACCCGAAGUCCAGCAGACGUCCGGUUCCUUUACCCCUCAGCUCAUCCCUCGCGAGCCUUCCAGUCCACAUCUAGGCUUUGAGCGAAACCCAGCUUUCCAUCAACGCCACAUCUUGUCCGUCAAUCAAUUCUCCCGACAUGACCUCCAUGGGUUGUUCAGUAUUGCUCAGGAGAUGCGCACUCAGGUCGAGCGUAACGGGGUACUAGACAUUCUCAAGGGCAAAGUGAUCUGCUCGAUGUUUUACGAACCGUCAACAAGAACCUCGGCUUCGUUUGAAGCUGCCAUGUGCCGAUUAGGCGGGAGAGUUGUCUCUAUCUCCGCCGAUCAGUCGUCAACUGCUAAAGGUGAAAGCUUGCCCGACACUAUCCGAACUCUUGGAUGUUAUGGCGAUGCAAUCAUUUUGAGACACCCCGUUGCUGGAAGCUCCCGAAGCGCUGCCAACGUCUCUCCCGUCCCGAUCAUUAAUGCAGGUGAUGGUGUAGGGGAACACCCCACUCAGGCCUUUUUAGACGUUUAUACGAUCCGUGAGGAGUUGGGAACGGUCAACGGAUUGACGAUCACGAUGGUUGGAGAUUUGAAGAAUGGGCGCACGGUCCACAGCUUAGUGAAGUUGCUCUGUCUGUACCAAGUCAACCUGAUCUUUGUCUCGCCUCGCUCGCUCGCCCUACCGGAUUCGAUUAAGCAAGAGGUGGCCAGAGCUGGGAUCUCGUUCGAGCAAUCUAACCACCUGGAAGAAGUCAUCGGCAGGACAGAUGUGCUCUACGUCACUCGCGUCCAACAAGAACGCUUCACCAGCCAAGCCGAGUACGAGGCCGUCAAGGGCUCCUAUCGAAUCAAUCACGACUUGCUCAGUCGCGCUCGCAAACAUACUAUCGUCCUCCAUCCCUUACCUCGGAAUGCCGAGAUCGACGCCGAGGUCGAUCUGGACCCUUUGAGGGCAGCCUAUUUCAGACAAAUGCGUUACGGCCUCUUUGUUCGCAUGGCUCUGCUCACCUUGGUGCUUACACCUUAG